AUCCUUUUGGAAGUAAACUAGUAAUUGUUUCACAUGCGAGUCAAAACUAAAAUUUCUUGUCAAUUCCUUCCUUGAUUAAAAACCAAGCGAAUUACUCGUACCAAAACAACAACGCGGCACAAGCCAACGUUUCUUCUUUCUUUGUUCUUCUUUAUGCUUACUCCCCUCUGCCGUACAAACCACCCUAGACUUGGACCCUCCAGAUUCCUGCUGUCCCUCACACCCCUUCAUGGGAUUCUUGACUAAACUCUUUGUUUGCAUCGAAAAUCGCCUCAAAUCCGCACGAAGUGGCUCCGCAGGAGCAGACGAAGCCGACGACAGCUUUGACACUCGCGGACUUUUCUUCGAACUUCGUGCUCUCCAAAUUGCUACUAAUUUUUUCUCUGAACUUAAUCGCCUCGGUCAUGGUGGCUUCGGUCCCGUCUACAAGGGUUUGAUGCCAAAUGGUCAAGAAGUAGCUGUCAAGAAGCUUUCACUGAAUUCGAAACAGGGACUUAAACAAUUCACAAACGAGGUGAAACUUUUAUUGAAAACCCAGCACAAGAACUUAGUGAUGCUGUUUGGUUGCUGUUUGGAAGGACCUGAGAAGAUGCUUGUUUAUGAAUAUUUGCCAAAUAAGAGCCUUGAUUACUUUCUCUUUGGUAAGAAUAAGUCUUCAUCCUUGGAUUGGACAACCCGAUUUAAGAUAGUCAUGGGCAUUGCAAGAGGUCUUCUCUACCUUCAUGAGGAGGCCCCUGAAAGGAUUAUCCAUAUAGACAUUAAAGCCAGUAAUAUAUUGUUGGAUCAGCAAUUGAAUCCAAAAAUCUCAGAUUUUGGCUUGGCAAGGCUCUUCCCUGGGGAUGACACUCAUGUAAAUACCUUUAGGAUUUCUGGCACACAUGGUUACAUGGCCCCUGAAUAUGCCUCGCAUGGCUAUUUGUCUGUGAAGACAGAUGUUUUCAGCUAUGGAGUUGUCGUCUUGGAGAUAGUAAGUGGGAGAAAGAACCAUGAUAGCCAUCUUGGUUCAGAGAAAGCAGACCUCCUGAACUGUGCAUGGCUGCUCUUUCAAGGAGGAAAGUCAUUGGAUUUAGUGGAUCCGUCCCUUGAGAAUUACAAUGGUGAUGAGGCAGCAAUGUGCAUUCAGCUAGGUUUGUUAUGUUGUCAACAGAAUGUUGCCAAGAGGCCGGACAUGAACUCUGUUAAUCUGAUGCUUUCAAGUGAUUCAUUUACUCUGCCAAGACCAGGUGAACCUGCAAUUCGAGGCCGUGUAGAACAGUGGACAACAACCUCUGCUUCUGCUUUUACUAAUACUAAUGCUAGGAGCAUGAACACCGGUGUAACAAGGGCUUCCGGCAGCAAUAGUUUUGUUGAAGAUUAUUCUAGAAAUUCUAUAUCAUAUUCUUCUAUUGAUGAGGGUAGAUAAGCUACUCAUAGUUCAGUGCAAAUAUAGCACUGGUAAUCUCAUGUAAAGCAUAUUUUUAUAUGAUUUCAUGUUAAUAUCAUCUUAUUUGUUCUACUUAUAUGAUGUUAAAUUUCUAAGCUGAGCUAGCGCGGAGAAAGAAUGGAAAUUAUGUUUUCUUGUUGGAAUGGGUUUAUAUUGUUGUUGUUGAUUUUUAUUUGUUUAUUUAUUAUUUUGCUGCUGAUUGGAAUGGGUGGAAAUUGUAUGGACUGUUUUCUAGGUGGUUACG